UUUCCUUCUUCCUCCCCCAAUCUCCAUCUGUUUCUUCGCCCCAAGUCUUUUUCCUCUUGCAUUGUAACCAAAAGCCACACCCAGCGGAGGCUCUGCGCUCAUCUCCGCCACCACCACCACCACCUCUUCCUCCUACUCCAUUUUUUUCUCUUUCAAUCUCUGCCUUUUCCUCUUAUUCCAUUCAGAUUGUGGCUUCCAACAAUGGUUUCCGACUCGGAGCUCAUCAGCCGGCUCCGGGAGUUGCUUCGGAAUUCCGACCUCAAUACCACUACCACUGCUAUCGUCCGCCGGAAGCUCGAGGAGGAUUUUUCCAUUGAUUUGUCCGAUAAGAAGCAGUUUAUUAGGGAACAGGUCGACUUGUUCCUCCACACUGAGCACCAGAGAGUCGAUGAAGAAGAUGGCGGCGACUGCGAAGUCGACCAGGAGGAUGGAGAUGAUAAUUCGAAGAUGGAAGAGGAGGAUGGAGAUAGUGGAGACGGAGAUAACUACAACGACGACGACAGAAAGAGUAAAACGGGUUCUAACGAGCUUGGUAAAGAGGUGAAGAAAAGAGGGGGUGGUUUUAGCAAGCUAUGUAGCCUCUCCCCACAACUACAGGAAUUUAUAGGAGUUCCUGAAAUGGCAAGGACUGAGGUUGUGAAGCAACUAUGGAACCACAUUAGAGAGAAGAAUUUGCAAGACCCCAGUAAUAGGAGAAAUAUUCUCUGUGAUGAACCAUUUAAAGCACUCUUUGGUGUUAAUUCCAUCGACAUGUUUCAAAUGAAUAAAGCUCUAUCAAAGCAUAUUUGGCCGUUGGAAUCAAAUGACGUUACUCCAGCCAAAUCGAGUCAGAAGGAAAAGCAGCAAAAGGAGAAGCCACAAAAGAAGAAGCGGCGGAAGCAAGGAAAAGAAGAAGAUUCUGAUGACUCUGAGAGAGAGGUGAAGCGGCAAAAGAAAGGAAAAUCUGGUUUCCUUGCUCCUCUUCAACUUUCAGAUGCUCUGGUGACAUUUCUUGGUACAGGAGAGAAUGCAUUGUCUCGCUCUGAAGUAGUGAAAAGAAUGUGGGAUUACAUGAAGCAAAACAAUCUUCAGGAUCCUUCUGACAAAAGGAGAAUAAUCUGUGAUGAGAAGCUUAAAGAACUGUUUGAUGUCGAUUCGUUUAACGGCUUCACUGUGUCGAAACUGUUGGCCACUCAUUUUGUAAAAAAGACGAAAUAGUGAGUUUCUCCCACGUCGUCUUCGUUGAUGCAAGAGAAUCUGGAAUUUUGGUUGAGAUAAAGCUUUAGUCGCCUCUUCUUUCUGUGUAAUUCUCUGGGAUUCACCAACAAGGCAAUGGAAAAUGGGCUUUACUGACCUGGUAUAUGUUCCUGAACGUUGGUGGGUGCUGUGUUACAGAAUCCUCUCUUCAGAAUCGAAUGGACUAACCAUGUCUAAUCUUCUAUACUUUCUCUUAGCUUUCAAGCAGCAGCUUUAGUUAAUUAUAGAAGAAAAUGUGAGCAUUAGUUCGUGCAAAUAUGAAAAAUUUCCACAUGUUUGUCAACAUUUGUUUUGUAAUUAUUCAGUCAUUGCUUUUUCUUCUA